UGAUUAUUGCUGCCAGAAAUUACUCGCGAUUGCUAUUAAAACCAACGCAUUUACCUUCGCAAUUCGCACUAAUUCCCGGGCGUACUUUGCCACUUACUUGCUUAUCCAAUUUGCAUAUACAUUAGUGUCCGGUAUGGAUGAAUUGACCAAAGAUCAAAUUGCACUGCUUAAGAAAGCGUUUGAUGCUUUCGAUCAUGAAAAAAAAGGAUGCAUUGGUACAGAUAUGGUGGGAACUAUUCUAACAAUGUUGGGAUAUGAAUUGAGUGAAAAUACCCUGGCAGAUAUUAUUAAGGAGGUUGAUGAAGAUGGAUCGGGAGAGUUGGAAUUUGAAGAAUUUUGUACACUGGCAGCUCGAUUCCUGGUGGAAGAAGAUACUGAAGCAAUGCAGCAAGAAUUAAGAGAAGCCUUUCGUCUUUAUGACAAGGAAGGAAAUGGUUAUAUAACGACUGAAGUGUUUCGUGAUAUUCUUCAUGAACUCGAUGACAAAUUAACUAAUGAAGAACUUGACUUAAUGAUUGAGGAAAUUGAUGCUGAUGGCUCUGGCACUCUUGACUUUGAUGAGUUUAUGGAAGUGAUGACAGGUGGUGAUGACUAACACAAUGGUUAAUCUGGUUAAGGAGAAAUUUUCAGCUGUCAUUACAUAAAUUAACAAAUGUACUACACACUGUGAUUCGUUUAAUUGAGUAAAAGAAGGUUUGGCACAUCAAUUUUCAUUCGGUCUCCUUAAAUGUUCGUUGAGCAAUGUCAAGACUUGAUAAGAUGUGACGUGAAUCAGAUCCACAUGUACUCAUGAAGAGUUGUUAGCUCAAAGACGAGAUAAUGAGGAUCAACCUUCGAAGGGAAAGUGCAAGUGUCACAACUUCCGUCAAAUUAACGCUAAGACCAUUCUUCACGUGGAAUCGAAUUCUUUUAUUCGCACUGCUGUAUGAAUGAUGGAAUCAAGCAGGGUACCGACAAGUAUUCAUGAAUAUUUAUGCAACGAAUAACUCGAAAGUCCAAGCCUUCAUUUCUUUUUUUUUUUUUUAUUUACAAAUAUAUUUUACUCAGUUUAACUUCAAGAGAGAUGUAUUUUUUAAGGUAUAGAAUUAAAUU